AAAACAGAGUCAGUCAAUCUGACUCUUCCUCUUUGCUUGAGCAUAAUCUGACUCUUCCUCUAUGCUUUAGCGUUUUCCUUACCUUUACUUUAGCCUAAAUGAAAGAGUGUGCCCCGAUCCUUGCUUGUGGUAUGCAUCAUUGCUUCAGAAUAUGGCAUGCCGGGCUUUCAGAAAACAGAAUGCAUUCCUUACUUGUCCAUGCAUCCAGCUUUAAAGGAGAAAAGCAUCCAAUGGGCUUGCUGCUUUUUUCACUUUUUUGUUGUAUAUAUUUCCUGUACGAGAGUUGCCGUUAUUUUUGUUGCAUUGCAUCACCUCAUCACUCUCACGCCUGUUUAUUUCUGCAAUUUCUCGCGGCCAUCUCAUCUCACAUUGACAGUCUCCUCACCUGGAAGUCAAAAUGGCGGUUCGUGACAAUCCAGAUUAGGACCAUCAUCACCUGUGCAGUCUCAGAUUCGCAGCUAUUAGCUAUACAUGGGCUUGUCUUCUGAUAUGGCAUCCUUGGCUGUUAAUACAUGGUGGGAUUAAGCUAAGAAUCCACGCCAUAUCAGCCAGCACUGGUUGGAAAUGGUUGACUCUGUUUUUCAAUUGGUCGAUGACCUUGUAAAUGAAAGGAUUCCUGGUGACCACGUAUACUUGGAGAGGAUAGGUGAAUAUGUUCCGUGGAGUCAAGUACCAGCACUGGAAGAAAAGGUGGCGGACUGGAGCAAGGAGGAUCCAGUGAUCUGGAACGUUGGAAUGGGAGCAGCGGCUUCGUUUGCGCCGACCCUGAGAAGGCUCUUGUCCGAGCGCAUCAAUGACCUAUACGGCCCGUACGAGCACACCAUUCGUGUGCGGCUCACCCCUGCCGUGGCAGCAGGCUGCAGCGCCGCCCAGCACUGGCUGGCGGUUGAGGUCCUCAUGGAGAUGGCACAGGCAGCAACCCGCGAGAUACUGCCGCCGCUGCUUCGGGAGCUCAAGCAACUUGCCAGCGAAGAGAGCUACAGGAGCUACGGCUCAAAGAUCUCCGACAAGCUGAUGUUCCAGGCUUUGGGGAGGGAGUACGUGGAGAUUUUCGGGUCGUCGGAUCCAUCUGUGCAGUGGGACCCUGACUAUGGCCAUCAACCUCGUACCUCCCCGCUACUCCAAAUGGUCAGAGAAGGAUAUUUGCAAGGGAAGAAGUAUCUGCUGCUGGUAGAAAAUCUGCAGGUUCCCGUGUCAUUGGAUGUGUUGGCUUUCCUAGUGGGCCCGGGCAAACGCCCAUCAAUCUACCAGCAGAACCGCUGGCUCAUCUCAGCAGUGUCCCGGGACGUGUGCAACAGAAGCCACCGCAUAGAUCAGGCUACACGCCAGGCAACCAGCAGCAGGUGGUUUAACCUAAGUUCGGAGUACUACCACGCCCCGGUUCUUGGUCGUCUCCGUCCGCGAGAGGGGGCCGUGCUGAUCAGCGAGGCCUUAUGGGAUGCAGCCAACUCCAUCCACAGAAAACUCCGGAUCCAGGAGCAACAACAACGAGACCUGAAGUUCUGGUUUCACGUAGCUCAGCAGUGCCUGUACUACAGUGUUCUCUACCAUCCACAAAGAAAACCUGAUGCUCUCUUUAGACCAAUAACAAAAACAAGCCGUACAAGCCCCACUCCUGUGGUGACCUCCGACGAGCUGGUUCGCUGCUGGGUGGCUGAGGGCCUGCUUUCCUCAUCAGUAGCUAGCCCCACCGACAUACCAGCAGCGGCCGCCAGCAAGAAGGAGAGCAACAAGAGCUACUACAGGUCUGCAUAUGAAGUAGGAGAGGUCGUCUUCCAAGCCUUGCAGGAGUACUCAUUGCUGCCGAUCUGUCCUGUGCCCGAGGAUGCCGCCACCGGUGCGUCCAAGAUAGCGGAGGGUGUUCCUGGACUCAAGGAAUUAGCUGAGCUAUAUGAUCUUGACGACAAGGGCAAGCAGCUGAGAUGGGUCUCAUUCCUGGAUGGACGUGGCAGGCAUGUGAGCAGGGGUUGGGGGGAACAAACACCAAUUAUUCCAAGAGAGGUGGCCAUGACCACCCUUGUUCUGAGAGGUCACACCAACACAUCGAUAGCAGCCUUUCAUUUCCACAAAGUGUGGAACAGCCAUUUGCAUGUUCUAGAUUUGUCCUACACAAAGAUACUUCAUCUGCCUCCUGGGCUUUGUCAACUAGUGAAUCUCCGCUUGCUCUCGCUCAGAGGCUGCUCUAAGCUCGACACAUCAGAGGAUGAAACUCCAGGACCGCUCUCCUAUUUGGAGAACCUUGAAGUCCUUGAUAUUAAUAGUGUUCCCUUACUCGUACUAACCCGAGAAGAUGGCCGAAAUAAAAGCAAACUGCACUUCAUUGAUCUAUUAGGGUCCAAAAUUUCUACUCUGCCUUCUGAAUUCUUCGAUGGCAUGUCAAGCCUUGAGGAGCUCAUUCUUGGCAAUUGCUCCAAACUCGAAGAAUUGCCUCAUUCGGUGGUCAAACUAUCCAAUCUGUUGGUCCUUCAUGUCGAGGGGACUAUGAUUACCAAUUUUCCGGAGGAUACAUUUGAAGCAAUGCAAAGGCUGGAGACACUCAAGCUAAUUAACAACAGUAAAUUGAGUUCACUCCCAAGGUCAUUGUCCGAAGCCAAAUGCCUCAGAGAGCUACAUAUUUACAAUUGCAUUAGCUUGAGUCUUCAGGAUCUCUGGAAGCUAUUAUCGUACCUUGAGGAUCUUUAUAUUGAAACAUGGAAGGCCCUGAAAGAUAUCAAAAUCCAUGAGCAUCGUAACUUGAGAACAUUCUCACUCUCUGGACCAUGUAUUCGACGCCUAUCCUUGCGUGGGUGCAGCAGGCUCAAAACAGUGAACUUCAGUGAUGAUCUUAGAGCAUUGGAGGAUGUUGAUCUUUCAGGAACAGCUAUUGAGGAGGUCCCUCCCAACCUCCCAAAUCUGCCACAACUCAGGAAGGUACAUCUUCUGAAUGUCCAAUGUUUCAAGAGAUUCCCAUGGCAUCAGGUGGUUAGGUUUCCCAAGGUUUUCUAUUUGGAUGACUCUGCUAGUGAUGAUAAUCAGUUUUUGAAGAUACAUUGCCAGCAGAGAACUUGUGCAGCUGAAAAUUAUGAUAGGGAGGAAAGAAACAAUACUGCUCAGAUCAACAUAAAUGACCCCGGUCUAUUUCAUAGCUUCAACUCAGAUGCUGCUAACAAGUUAGUCAAGGAAGGGCAGUUUCUUCAACACUUCAUUGUCCAAGUUAAACCACGCAGUGUGAGAUGCAUGGAGCCGAAGAACAAAAGUGAGAUAUGCACCAAGAUCCAGAAGCAAUCACCUUAUCUUGAUGUGCAUUCUUUUGAGGUGUCUAGCAUUGUGCCCAUGAUGAAACUUCAGCCAAAACGACGUCAUGUGGAGAUAUCUGCAAACAAUCAGUAUCCGCAUGGAUUAAGGCAUCUUCUCUCUGUCACAAAGUCAAUAUUCAUUGGGAUGAUUCUUCUAUCAGAUGCUUUACCGAACUCAAUUAUAGUAUGAUGUGUCUUGAAGAAUGCCAGCUCAUUCACUGCCAUGAAAUGGAAGUAGUAUUCAGAAUCCAUUCCGAAGGUGCAGGGGAAGAAAUAGUCCAGGGCCAGAAGAGCAGCACAUUAACUCCAAAGGUAUUUCAAUCCUUAAAGAUACUCCUGCUCUCCAAUCUGAAUAACCUACUAAGCUUGGUCGAGCCUAGUGAUCUGGCAUACUCUAAGU